UCCCAUACACUACAAUUGAUUUCAAAGUCCGAAAGACUAAGUAUGUUUCAUAACAAAAAGGUAUAACGCGUAAGAUAGUCUGGGCACGGUCUAAAAACAAGAUUGUAAGUGUAUUCGGUGACUCCGCGUCUUGAAAUAGUAAAUAUACGCUCACUGUGGCAUCGCCGAGUAAUACUAGAAAAGACGAUUCCGCCGCGGAAUAUAUCUUCAUUAGAAAGAAAGACCAUUACAUUACAAUUGAAGUCAUGACCUUUCCGCUUUUGUAUGGUGGCUUGGUAGUGCAAAAUAACAUCUCGUAAUCUACGUAUUCGACCUAAGGGAGACGACAUGCAAAUACGUCGGCGGCAACCAAGCAACAUGUCAUCUUCUCGCUCCUUCGUUGUCGUAUCCAUAUCUUCUUAAUAGACUCUAGACUGAUUAAGAGAUGCAGUGAGCUUUCUGUAAUAUUCCAUAAAAUGUUUACAGAGUGACUGAAACGUUGCUUAUUAUUAACUGUUCUUGAAUUUAUGCACAGCGUAUAGUUCUGGUAGAAACCUGGACAAUGAUCAGCAAGCAGUAUAUGGUAAUAGGGUGGGGAUCUAAACCGUUCCCAUGUUCUGACCCAAAGACAAAGUCCCCAAUGACAGGAAUAAACCUUUUGGUCCAGUCCAGCAGCAGCAAUUGUUUAUAUGGUUAUUAGGUAGGGAUCUAAAACAAAUUCUGUUUGAAUACAAGAGCCUAAGUACCCUGGGGUGGUGUCAGACCCGUGAACCUACCUGAUAGUAUGUGUAUAUAUAAAGGACACUUAAUUUACAUUAAUUGACAAAUUUAAAAAUGAACGUAACAAGGUCAAUUUGACGCACAUGUAAAGUGAAUAGAAGAUAGAUUUGAAAAUACAAACAAAGCAAAAAAAUCACUAAUAGAUUAACGAAUAUAGGUAGCACUGCACUGUCUCACCUGCUGACUUGAAAACAUGAUGUACAGGUGUGAUUUUAAGAUAACAUAACUCUUUGGAUACUUCUUGUUCCAAAUGAAAUUUCUGUCAAAUCUGUUACGACCUCCUCGCAUUGGUUCUUCAGUUUUUCAUAACAAAGCGAGUCAUUCCUCUCCUUUGUUCUGUAAUAUACUUGAUUGAUCAAGAGGCCUUGAUCAGGGCCUGUAUUGAUCAAGAUGCCCUGAUCAGGGCCUGUACUGUUCACCUCGAUGUUUAGGCAGUGGUGGUUAAAUUCUCUCAGUAAGAAGAGAUACUACGAAUAUUUUCAAACGUUAGGCUCUGCGUCUCGGUACCACAGGAGGAGGGGCGCCCUACAUUUUAUAUAAGAUGUGAUUCCCUGAUCCCUAGGAUGAUCCAUAACAAUUUUGGUUAGAAUAGCUUUUUUUUAAACGUAAACACACAAAUGGUCCUUUCACGGCAUUGCCCGUCGGCUCCCUAGGGAUAUACUAGUUUUCCAUAAACCACAAUAGAUUUUAAAGUCCGAAAUACUUUUGUAUGGUUGCUUGUUCUGACCCAGAGACAAAGUCCUAAAUGACAGGAAUAAACCUUUUGGUCUAGUCCAGUAACAGCAAUUGUGUAUAUGGUAUGCCAUUUAAAAACACGGUAAGGGCAGUCUAUGUAGUGAGGUAUACGUAAGGAGAUUGAGUCAAACUUGUAUUCAGAGACUACCAUCGAGAAAUCCAACAGGAGGUGUUCUUACAACACAGGUGGUCUCUUAAUACAGAUGUAGUUCACAAUUAUAAGUGGUCAUUUAACACAGGUGGUCUCUUAAUACAGAUGUAGUUCACAAUUAAAGGUGGUCAUUUAACACAGGUGGUCUCUUAAUACAGAUGUAGUUCACAAUUAUAAGUGGUCAUUUAACACAGGUGGUCUCUUAAUACAGAUGUAGUUCACAAUUAAAGGUGGUCAUUUAACACAGGUGGUCUCUUAAUACAGAUGUAGUUCACAAUUAAAAGUGGUCAUUUAACACAGGUGGUCUCUUAAUACAGAUGUAGUUCACAAUUAAAGGUGGUCAUUUAACACAGGUGGUCUUCUUAUAGAGGUUGUCGCAAGAGCAGAUACACAUGUAUACGCUAGGAGGUAUAUGUAAGCAAACAGUACGUUGAUGUAGAUUGAAAACAUCAAAAGCGAAACUAAACCAGAGCUUGUUCUACGAAAAAGAAAACAUCUACCCUGAAUAACCGGUUUGUAGUCAUGUGACUCAUUGUUGUACGUGUACAUCAGCGAGAACUAGUUUGAUCUCACAGACACUCAGCCCCUCGGCAAUGAUGGUAAGUGUUACUGCAUGUACUAAAAUAACAUAUUUGUUUAUUUUAUUAUAUGUCAACUUAUCUAUAGCUUGAGUUCAUUUUGAAUAGUGUAAGCAGUUUUUCCUUUAGUUACAAGUUAUAUAGGGGAUAUGUCGGGGACACGCCCAGUGUAUGUGCUGUUUAUUCCUGUUAAUUGUAUACAGCAUACAUUGAUAUCUAUACAAUUACAGUCAAAGCUGCUGCGACUUACUCCUCUGGUCUUUUUGGAACUAUACCAUUGUAGGCAUCUAAUGUUCUGUUGGUAUGUCAUUUACGUAUUGUUGUACGUGUAUAUCAGCGAGAACUAGUUUGACUUCACUGACACCCGGCCCCUCGGCUAUGACGGACCUGCAGGAAGGUCGAUGACGACAACAUGGGUGCAGUGUUGAGCGAAGAAUCGCUUAAACAGGAACUGGAGACAUUUCCAUCAACCUUUGAUUUGUAUUUGACGAAUCUGAACAAGGAUUGUGUAAAAAACAUCAUAAGAAAAUUAGAGGAUGACCGGGACAGCACAAGAAAGCUUGAAGCUGAAGAUAUACAGAUAAGUAACUUUCUGUCGUAUUUGUAUUUCCACUUGGGAGAUUAUGAACAUGCGCAUCAACAUAUUGAGGAAUCUCUGCAAAAAGAUCCUGAUAAUAUCAUAGCAAACACAAAUAAAGCCAGAAAUUCUAUUAGAAGAAGGGGAAAUCUCUGAUGUUAAUGAUAUAAUAACAAAAAUUCAUAUAUUGAAAUGAAGAGACGAUUUCGACAGGAGGAAAUGCUAUGCAGAAGCGGAUCUUGCGUACGUGUAUUCGCGGUCGGGUCCUUGGUAUCACAAAAAGGCGGUAAAUCUGUUCACGCGAGUUGUGGCGGCGUAUCCUACAGAGUAUGCAUGGCAAUUUGGACUCGGUUUGACUUUACUCAGACAUACUCACUGGUUUAUUUCACAGGCAGAGGACAAAUUAAAUCCGAGACAAAACGAGGAGACAACAAUACAUGCUGCUGAGCUGUUUCUAACUGUUGCUACGGAAUCAGAUGAUCCCGUUUUACGUGCGAAUGCAUAUGUAAGAUUAGGAAAAGCAGUGUUCAUUAUUUUGAAAAACAACUUUACAAACGUGCCUGAUGAAGUUAUGCGUUUAAAGCCUAAAGAAUAUUUUGAAAAAGCGGUAGAAAUUUGUCCUGAGGAACCAUCGGUGUUAGAAACUUGUGGUCAAUUUGCACGCUACAGAGGGGAACUAGAUUUAUCGGAAACACUCCUACGGAAAGCACUUCAAAUCAAGCCAACGUGUCAUGCGUAUCACCAUCUUGCUCUGACACUAACGAGGCGAGUAACAGGUAGGUCAUAUAAAGGACAGUCAGAAAGGAUACGACUUCGUCAAAUGACAAAGUCACCGUUGGAAGUUUUUGUUUAUCCUGAAAACGAACUACUUGUUGAAGCAAUAAACCUACUAGAGAAAACAGAAAAACUGUCUGUAUGUUGGUUUAUAAUUCAGUACGACAAGGGCAUCAUAUAUAGAAUGCUUGGCCAGAUCGAAAAAGCUGUGAAAGUUUUCAAACAAAUAGUCUCCAAAAAGAAAAAUCUUCCAAUCAAAUUACUGAUGACAAUUGUUUAUGAACAGCUUGGAUUGUGUCUAAUAGAAUUGAGUAAAUGCGAUGAAAUCUCCCCAGACAUUCAGCAAAGAUACAAGAGAGAUGGUCAAGCCCAUCUUCUACAUGCUAUCCAGCUCCAACCAGAAAUAGUAGCAAACGAUCCGCAGUUCAAAGAAGCGUGGAACUCCUAUCCAACACUCAAAGAGCUCUUCAGCGAUGAAAGAGACGGGAAGCCAAGACAACUGGCUGUUCUGCACAUGCGCAUGGGGAAUCAUAGAGAUGCAAUCGACAUAUAUAAGAAACUGUAUCUAAAGGAAAAUGACAAAAUGAAGCCAGAAGACUGUGUCAAUAUGCUUAAAUGCUAUCAGAAAGAAGGACAAUUGGAAGAAUGUGUUUUUCUUUUAAGAUCUUGGGAGUGUACAACACUUUUUUCGGGUCUUCCUCCGUCUUUGAUCUUUGAUGUGUAUAUAGAUUGCGCGUUUCACGCUUACACAACGGAUAAUGCACAACUUGCGUAUCAGCACUUUAGACGCGCCUUCAAAGUGUACGGUAUGUUUGACAAACCCAAUGACAAACAAACUACUGAAGAAGACGAGAACACAAAAGAAAUACUGAUACUACACUCUUGUGCACUGAAAUGGAAAUGCAAACAUCCCAGAAAUCUCGGAACAAUUCUAGAAGAUGUUACAGGAUUGCGAUACACAAUCAACUCAGACGAUGUGCUGCCGAAUGCAUUGGUUCAAGAAUCAAUGGUAACCAUCAUACAGAAAAUGGCAUGUAUCAUAAUCAUGACCCAUGACAGUGCAGAAGUAUAUGACAAACUUUAUGUCAAUCUCGCCAUCCGGGCGAGUUCAGGAAAAAGUGGCCCGCAAGUGUUAGUUGUAUCGGACGAUGAGCGCCACAUGCCUGAUAUUGCCAGUACAAAGUCGUUUAUCCGGAUACCUCCUCCUUUAGAAGGCGCUAUGGACCAAAACAAACAGAUAUCAGAGGAGCAUCGAGAAUGGAUAAAAGAGUUCAUCACCAAAAUAACUGAUUUGUCCUAAAAUUGUUUAACUGCCGCUAUAUUUGCAUAAAUAUCCCUUCAUCAGUGGUAAACACUGUUCUCGGGCAUCACUAUACAUAGCUUGAUGAAUCAUUUCUGAAAAAAGUACCUAUACCUUGCGGGACUUUUAUGACUCAAUUAUAUAAAGGAGUAAUAAACAAAAUAUAGUCAACAGCAGUGUUCCGCGUGUAAACAUUCAUCCAGCGGGAGCUAGACUGGUAUUCUAAUCCUAGACUUAAGGCUGUUAUACUAUCCCUCUAACCAACUAAGCUACCUGCUCAACGAAAGUGUUCUGGUCCAACUGUGCUGCAGUAAUAUACGACGUGAAAUUAAAGGGAUGCAACUGUACAUAAGAACAACGAGACCAAAGAGUGUUACGAAUUAACUCGAGCAAACAACUGAGGAAACAACUGAUCAGCUUCGCAUCAGCAGUAAUAACAACAUUGUACACUUCUGUCUUAGUGUUCAAAACAUCACUGAACAAGUUUGCUUUCAGUCAUUAUUUUAUCCCUGUACAGUAUCGCGCGAGCACUCGUUACACCAGCUAAUUGUUUGAGGUUACUGAAAAAUAGUUUCGAUAAUUAAACUUAGCUAUGCCAAGCCAAUCAACUAAACAAUACUGUAUAUAAUGAACCGUGUCUGUAAAUAUACUGUAUAUAAAGAGCCUUGCCUAUGAAAAAUAUUUCAUUUAAAGAAAAGUUUCAACAAUAAAUAUAUAAAGGAACCUCUUCUCUAUAACGUCAUAUCAAUGUAGAAUAUUGUACAUAAACAACCAUUCAAUACAGUAUGAUUUAUGUAUAGAAAGUUUUCUACGAAGACAUUUGUAUAUUAACUUUUUAGAUUUUUUUUAGACAAUUAACGUUUUAUAGUUAUUUUUCUUGAUUGUUGACUUACGUGUUACUGACGUCAGUGCUCUGUUAAUGUACUUUUAAGUGUCACUGAUGUCAAUAUUCUAUCAAUUGGCUGUUAAGUGUCACUGAUGACUAUACGUGUCAAUAACGCCAAUGGUUUGCCUUUUGCUGUUUUCACUGAUGUAAAUGAUUUGUUAAUUGACCAUUAAGUGUCAAUAAUGUCAUUGUUCUAUUAAUUACCUUUUAAGUGACAAUGAUGUGAAGUUUAUGUUAAUUAACCGUUAGUUGUCACUGAUGAAAAUUGAGUGUUAAUAGAAUUUUGUCACUGAUG